AUGGAUAAAUCAGACAGCAGCCAAACAACAGCUUCAUCCGCUACUUCCACUUUACCAACAACCCUCGCAACCGACGACGAGCAACAACAGCUAAAAAAGGAUGGCGAACGUCGACCUUCCCCUGGUGGCGGUAAUUGUCUAGGUGGUCGCCCAAAACUUACCACCAUUCACAGUUCAGACGCAUCGCGAUUCAUGACGCUCGAGCGAUUGCAACAAAAUAUGACUCUAAAACCACCCAAACAUCAUCCGACUACAGCCAGCGGUGUCACAGGCAACAGUGGUGGUGAUGGCAAUAACAAUAACAAUGGCGGCAGUGGUGUCCAUAGCAACAGUAAUAAUAACAACACAACACAAGAGCGACAAUUGACGAUUGAGACGGCCGUAUUUCCCGAACAACAACCUAUCUUUCACCACGAGAAGAAGCGCUCUCAGGCAAGUGACACCUUAAAGUCCGGCAGUGAUUCCACGCUACACCGUUCACCAAGAAGAACCAAGAAGCGCAACAAGCCAUUCACAAAGCCGGCAGAGAUCUUUGCUCAAAACUUGAGCGACGCCGUUUUACAUGCUAAUAUCGAUUCGGAUGAAGAAGAGAGCUUUGUGUAUCGUGACUACCGAUCAACUUCGCUGUAUCCCACGCUACCCUCCCAAUGGAUCGACCAUUACUCAAAAAGAGAUACAACUGAUUACUCGUCGACUGCUACAGAAACGAAACCACGUCGUCCCGUACUUCGUUCCGCUGUAUCUGAAUUACCCGCUACUGCUAUGUUACGUUCAACAUUUCCCGCUCCUACACGCAAACACAGCUGGUAUCCUGCUAGCGACGCUGACGAUACAGCUUUGUUGCCACGUUAUUCUACUUCCAAACGAAAACGUCGUUCAUCUCCUCGAACAUCAAAAAGAUCGUUCCUUCCUAGUACUAUCACCCUUUGGGCAAUAUUUGGCGUAACGACAUCAUUGAUAACGUUAUGGAUACUAAUCAUCUGGAUGGCAAGUCCUCUUGCAGCAGUACAAGUCAUGGAGCUUUCGAAUGUGCUGGGAUCCACAAAGGAACUCUUUUUCGACCUGCAUGUGCGAGCAAGAAACACCAAUCUUUGGUCCAUCCAGAUAUCACAUGCCUCCUUUAGUGUUUUUGCUUCAAGCCAUUACGUACCAAUAUCCCAAGCAGCGAUAAACAAUACAUCAUCUAAUCAAGCUCUAACAGCAGCACCGGUUGAGUUCCUUGGUACCAUCUACAGGUUUGAUGAACCACUCGUCUUUGCGUCAUCCCAGUUGACAUCACCCACUGUCACCACGGCUACAAGUCAAAUCCAAAUCAAAGACCCAGGCAAAACCAAAGGCGAUAGCAGUGGCAACGAGCGAUGGUCCCUUCUUAUCAGGUAUCCUUAUGAAUUAACGGUGCGAGGUGUUCUCAAAUAUCAUGUGAUUCCCUUUCUCCCAUUCACGCAGAUGCAUUCAGCCCGUGUAUGUCAAGUCUCUCGCAUUGAUCCUGCCACUGGAGAUAUCCACAGCAACCCUGAAAUUGAAAGAUCCAUAUGUGAUGACCCCUCUCCCAUUGAAACUAUCUAUUAG